CAGAUGGAGAAUAUGAUUACUUCCCCAAGUAAUUAAAGACUAAUACCGUGGCCGCGUGGUCUGUCAAACUGGGAAACAGCUUCCACCAUCUUGACAUUAAACUAAACUAUUAUUCCCUCUAUCAUCAUUGCAACUUGCUAUUUGUUGCUUAUUACAUGUGCAAUAAUUGUUUGUUGUCCGUAAUCGAUACUCUUGGUGUCAGAGUUUUGCAUAAUUAAUUGUUCUCCUCAUGCCUCAAAUAAGCUAGCGCUUCCACACUAUCACUCACUACUCUCCCUUCUCUCUAGUCUUCUCUUUCAUUUCAACCAGAACCAGAACCAGAACCAUUCCCUUCAUCAAAUUUAGAAGACAUCACUAGUCGUAACUGGAUCUAUAUAUGCAGAGAUUCAUUUCACAAAGUUCCAAGAAACCAUUGGCGGGGCCCACUCUAUGGCGCCCUCUCCUCAAGAAGGGUCCUGCAGCUCUUUACACUUCUCUUCUUUUCCUUCUUAUCCUCCUCACCACUGUCUUCCUCUCUUCCCUCUGGCCUACGCUUUCUACCACUAACGGGAAUCCCACGGCACAAAGCACGAUUGCCAAUGCUAACCAAACCUUAGUGGCGCCUGCUUUUGCAAAGUAUAAUAAAAGCAGAGAAGAAAAACCCAGGAAAAGGUUACAAGCCACACUCAAUUGUAGCGUUGUUGGGAACCAAACAUGUUCGACAAAUUACCCAACAACAACAACAACGUUGGAAAUGGACGAGGAGGACAAGGAAGCGGUGUGCCCGGAGUACUUCCGGUGGAUCCACGAGGAUCUGAGGGUGUGGCAGGACAAAGGGAUCACGAGGGAGAUGGUGGAGACAGCUAAGAAAACGGCGCAUUUCCGAUUGGUGGUGAAGAAAGGAAGAGCGUAUGUGGAGAAAUACAAGAAAUCCAUUCAGACACGUGACGUUUUCACGAUAUGGGGAAUUCUUCAACUUCUGAGGAGAUACCCUGGCAGAGUGCCAGACCUGGAGCUCAUGUUUGACUGUGAUGACAGGCCCGUGAUCCGAGCACCCCACUACCGUGGGCCCAACAUCACGGGCCCGCCACCUCUGUUUCGUUAUUGCGGUGAUCGUUGGACGGCGGACAUUGUGUUCCCUGAUUGGUCCUUCUGGGGUUGGGCGGAGAUAAAUAUAAGGCCUUGGGAACAUCUGCUGAAGGAUAUAGAAAAGGGAAAUAAAAGGAUUAAAUGGGAUGACAGAGAACCAUAUGCCUAUUGGAAGGGAAACCCUUUUGUUGAUGAAUCCAGGCAAGAUCUCCUCAAGUGUAAUGUUUCAAACACGCAGGAUUGGAAUGCUCGUUUAUUUGUGCAGGAUUGGAUUCAAGAGUCUCAACAAGGAUUCAAUCGGUCAGAUUUGGCAAACCAAUGCACAUAUAGAUACAAGAUUUAUAUUGAAGGAUAUGCGUGGUCUGUCAGUGAAAAAUACAUUAUAGCCUGUGAUUCCCCUACGCUGUUGGUGAAGCCUCGUUUCUAUGAUUUCUUCAUAAGAAGCCUACAGCCAUUGCAGCAUUACUGGCCCAUACGGGACAGUGAAAAGUGUAAAUCCAUCAAACAUGCAGUUGAUUGGGGCAAUAAUAAUAAGCAAAAGAUACAGGAAAUUGGUAAAGCCGCGAGCAACUUUAUGCAAGAAGAGCUAAACAUGGAUUACGUGUAUGACUACAUGUUCCAUCUGCUAUAUGAAUAUUCCAAGCUCCUCAAGUUUGAGCCAAGAGUGCCUGAAGGAGCUGUGGAGCUUUGCGCAGAGCACAUGGCCUGCACAAGAAGUGGGUUGGAGAAGAAGUUUAUGACUGAAUCCAUGGUUAAGGAGCCUUCAACAAAAUCCCCGUGCUCCUUGCCUCCUCCAUUCGACCCCACAUCGCUUAGGGUAUUUUAUGGCCACAAACUCAAUUUAAUCAAGCGAGUUGAAAAGUGGGAAGAUAAUUACUGGAAAAAUAGCACAGAGCAACAACAUACACACAUUUGAAUUAAUUAAAUCUCAAUAAUUAGCAAUAUCAGUGCACGCGGUACUACUAACGUAAUUAGUCAUCCUCUGAAAUUGUUUUGGACGCAGAAUUCUACGAACGCAAAAGCUAAAAUAAAAAUUAAAAAACAUUGGUAAUUCAAAUUCCAGAAUUUGUCAAGUGCUAAGUUUCGCCUUAGGAUACAUAUUUUGGAAGAGUUUUAGAUUGUCGAUAGAAUUUGUUCAUUUUUAUUUGUUAAUUUUCGAGAAAUUAAGCUGCUCAAAGAGUACAACAUGUGGAAACACAGUAGAGAUCUAAUUCGGCUUAAAAAAAUAAUUACGACUGGUUAUAAAAGAAGAAGAAGAAGAAUGGGAUCCGGGAUGUUGGAUCUGUAAUUUGUCUUCUUUCAGAGGCGGAAAUGCCAUUUGUAUCAUAGGCUCGACAUUAUUAGCGUUGAUCGAUGAAAUCACAUAAUUAAGAGCUCGUUAAAAAUUAAUUAGUUAUUUUUUUUCUUAUUUUGUUGUUAUACAGGAAAUUCAAUAUAUAUAUAAGAUUUAUUCCAAACUGCUUGAGAUAUAUUUAUCUCUGGUUAUU